UCAGAGCCCCGGUAGGACCGGGUUUCCCAGACCUGUCGCUCCGCACGCCGCGCGGCUUCCGCCGUAGCCCCCGCUUCCUCCUCGCGGGUCUGGUGCGGCGGGCUCUCUAGGCCGGCGUGUCUCUAUGGCCGCAGGGCCGUCAGUUCCGCAGGCUCUCUCUGCACCAUGGCUCCGGCGAGAGAAAAUGUCAGUCUAUUCUUCAAACUAUACUGCUUGACAGUGAUGACUCUGGUGGCUGCCGCUUAUACCAUAGCUUUAAGAUAUACAAGGACAACAGCGGAAGGACUCUACUUUUCAACCACAGCCGUGUGCAUCACAGAAGUUAUAAAGUUACUGAUAAGUGUCGGCCUUCUAGCUAAAGAAACUGGCAGUUUGGGUAGAUUUAAAGCCUCUUUGAGUGAAAACGUCUUGGGGAGCCCUAAGGAGCUGCUGAAGUUAAGUGUGCCGUCACUGGUGUAUGCUGUGCAGAACAACAUGGCUUUCCUAGCUCUCAGUAACCUGGACGCGGCAGUGUAUCAGGUGACCUAUCAACUGAAGAUUCCCUGCACUGCUUUAUGUACUGUUUUAAUGUUAAAUCGAUCACUCAGCAAACUACAGUGGAUUUCAGUCUUCAUGCUGUGUGGUGGGGUCACACUUGUACAGUGGAAACCAGCCCACGCUACAAAAGUCGUGGUCGCGCAGAACCCGUUGUUAGGCUUUGGAGCUAUAGCCAUUGCUGUGCUGUGCUCGGGAUUUGCAGGAGUUUAUUUUGAAAAAGUUUUAAAGAGUUCAGACACUUCCCUUUGGGUGAGAAACAUUCAGAUGUAUCUGUCAGGGAUCGCUGUGACAUUAGCUGGUACCUACUUGUCGGAUGGCGCUGAAAUUAAAGAAAAAGGAUUUUUCUAUGGCUACACGUAUUAUGUCUGGUUUGUUAUCUUCCUUGCUAGUGUGGGAGGCCUCUACACGUCAGUGGUGGUGAAGUACACAGACAACAUCAUGAAAGGCUUCUCUGCGGCCGCAGCCAUUGUUCUGUCUACCGUUGCCUCAGUCAUACUGUUUGGAUUACAGAUAACACUUUCAUUUACACUGGGCGCUCUUCUUGUAUGUGUUUCCAUUUAUCUCUAUGGGUUACCCAGACAAGAUACCACAUCCAUUCAACAAGAAACCACUUCAAAAGAGAGAAUCAUUGGUGUGUGAUUUGAAUCUCAAGAGAUUCCUAUAAGGACUAAACUGUUGAUAAUAAAUUAGAGCCUUAAGUCAACCCCAGAUGGUAGCUUAAACAUUGUCAACAAAUUAACUGUAUGACGUAAGAAUCAAGAAGAAAACUCUGAAUGAAAUGCUAAAACAGAUUUAA